AUGAUUUGCGAAGAUAAAAACGGGAGGUUCGUCGGGAUUGAUGUAGCAGCAACACACCCAGAUACACAUUUCAAGGAUGGAGGGUCUUCCGCCGCGCGCGAGAUCCUGCGAGACGCGUGCCCCGGUCCCUACCAGCAGUGCAAAGAGCUCCUGCAGACCUCCAUCCCACCCACCAUCGACUCGAAUAAGAUCAUCCCGCGGAAGAACGGCUUCGUACAUACCGUGCUCGAAGCAUACAACCAACACCGCGCGCUCGUCGUCCGCCCAGACGACGUCUGGCUAGCGAUACUCACGCAGUUCAGCGCGUACGUAAACGCGCACGCGGAGGAGCUGCGCACCUCCUUCGUCGCGCACGAGGACAAGAAGGAGCUCGUCGUCAUCGCGAACGGGAACCGCUACUCGGUCGAUUUUGGCGAUCUUUCGCGACAGAUGACGGGGGAGAUGCACAAGAACGUCGUCGAUCCGGCGUUGAGGGACUGGGUCAUGCCGAUGUUCUCGACGACGACGGUCACGGAUACGACGGUGUAUGCGAUGGUGAUGAUGGCGAGCAUGAAGGCGUACUUUGAUUACAGGUUCGGGCUGCGGUGCGGUAUCCCGCGUGUCACGCUCGACGGGACGCGUGCCGACUGGGAGGCCAUUCUUGUACGUCUCGAGAAGCUCAAGGAGUACGGGCUCCAGACGACUGCGUGGUACCACCUCCUCCGGCCUGUUAUCUCGCGCUUCGUUCGAGCGUUCGACGAGCCGUCCAGUAAAGCCAAUCUCGACUUCUGGGACAAGGUGUUCCAUCGGAAGGGAAACGCGAGCGGCCCUAGCUUCUUCAUGGGCUGGAUCGCCGCAUUCUGCGUGUUCACCGACGAGGGGCAUUGGCAGGGUCCAAAGCUCAAGGAAACGGCGGACACACAGUCCGCAGAAUACGUGUCGCUCAGCACAGAGCAGUUUACGUCGAAGCUCUUCGAGAAACACACAGAGACUCGUUUCACGGGGCCGCUGUACCUCGAGCUCGAUGGCGUUCAAUAUCCUCAUAUCACGUCCAUUCCGAACGGGUUCGCAGAAGUGGAUGUACUCCUGGACGACAAUGGGGAGCUGUUCAGAACGCUUCUAACAGCAGGAUCUAUAGGAACGCUGAUAUGCUCCAGCCGAGAUAAGACAGUUUCGACAACGGGCAUACGUGAUACAGUACAGAGUGUACCGGGAUGGUGGAUGUUCAUUAAGAACAGCGAGGAAGAGACGGAGAAAGCACAAAAGAACCCGUUUGGAUUGUAA